AUGGCCGUUUAUUCCAAAGAUGAGGCUUUGAUGUGUAAGGUAUUUCCAUCUAGUUUGGGCCCCGUGGCGAUGAGGUGGUUCAAUGGUUUAAGGGUGAAUUCCAUUGACUCCUUUAAGAAGCUCACCCGGGCCUUUGGCGUUCGCUUUAUCACUUGUAGCAGGGUUCCUCGGCCUUUGGGUUCCUUUUUAUUUAUGUCUAUGCGAGACGGAGACUAUAACGAUGUGGCCAUUAGUACUUUUAAGGCUGGCCUUCCAGCUAAGCAUGAUUUGAGGAAAUCUCUGACUGGUAAGCCUGUUACCAGUAUGCAUCAACUUAUGGAUCGGAUUGACAAGUACAGAAGGGUAGAAGAAGACCAACUGCAGGGAAAAGGGAAGGCUAAGGUGAUCCCUCAGGAGAGGAGGGAUUUCAGAUCGGACCGGUAUAAUAAUAACCGAUCUCGGAAAUACUUUGUUGGGCAGCCAGGAUUUGCCAACAUCCAAGUGGUUAAUGCUAUGUUCUGA